AUGUCGAGUUCCCAGAUCAACCAGGAAGAUGCAUCGCCCGAUCAACACUUCUACUCUCCCGAUUCGCUAUUAUCAUCCGAGAAGACCGAGUCUACGCUCCGUCGAAGUGGCCGUCUCCAAGGACAUCUACCCCCUCCAGAUCCCAGUCUCAUAACUCGGGCUCAUUCAAGCGCUGAAGUGGUCCAGCAUGCCAACAACGAUACUGAAGUCAACAGCCAUGUCCACAACAACAUUAGUGAUGAUCCCGCAUUGAAGCUCCCUAGCACCCGCAAUAACGACAUCAACGACAACGACGAUCUACCUCACGACAACCACGUCAACGACGACCAUGGUGAACCCCCGUAUGCUGAGUCUAUGGAAGAGGAACUGCAGGAUGCCAUCCCUCAGCAUAGUCAGCCUUCGACGAUAUCUACAACACCAGGCGCUCAGCCACAUGACCUCCACCUUCGUCUUCUGAGACCAAGAACAUCAACAACACCUGAUGCCAAUGUUAUUGCAGACCAGCCACCCCCGGUAUUAACUUCGUUACCUCCACGGUACUCUGAACAUCAUGUACGCCAGUACCAAAGCUCUGCGGUCGACAACGUUCCCAACAACCAUAAAUCCUACCCGGCAGGCACUGGUCUACAACAUAAUCACCCACAAUAUCAUACCCGUGGAGCGGCAAUGAGAGACCAAGCCCAGGGAGCUGAAGCUGCCCCCCGAUUCGGCAGAGGCACACUUCCUCUGGUUGACUUGACGACUACCACGACUCCAACGCCGAACCCCAACGAUGCUGCCACGGUGGCUGCCUUGCAUGCGGUAACUGAUGCUCUCGCUAAUAUCACUGACCGCUUGAUGAAGCUCGAAGAGAAGUCCAAUGCACCAUCUACACUCAAUGUUGUCGACACCGCCAAGAACGCCAUAUCUACUCAUAAAACAUCUAUCGCUCCAACAAAUUCCGUACGAAUCAGCCCAGUGGCAAGUGCAACCUGUCUUGACUCCCACGACGACAACCUCUACACCGACGCCCUUACUAAGGCCAUGCUAACAGCGAGCCGAAUCAGGCCAACUCCGGACUCCCAACUCUUCACUGGUGCCUCUGACAAGAACGUCGAGACCUUCCUCCACGAGAUCACUUCUGAUUUCCGUUAUAUUCUGUCCGACUCCAACAUGAAGAUAGCCUUACUCCUCUCGUCCAUGUCCCAACCCACUAUUGCCCAUGUCACUUCUCUUUACACGGCUAAGUACGGCUCCAUCACUGAAACUGUGGGUAUUGAUGCCGAUACCUUCCUUUCCCGGUUGAUCGAGGUUCUGCGCGAGGCCUACACCACCAGUACUGCCCAUAUGGACGCUAGACUCUCUUGGGAGUCUCUACUACUCCAAGGCCAUGUCAGUUUUGUUGAUUUCAUCAACAAAUUCCAGAAGUUACGUACGGAGGUAGGAGCCCUUCGAGGCCGCAUCAUCGAGCCGGCAGAGGCCUUAGGCCGCCUCUGGGGCUGUUUACCUCCAAGUCUGCGUAACUGGGCAAGUGACUAUCUACCUCCACCUGCUGCCCAGGACUUGACUGAACGUCAGUUGCACCUCAACCACGUGUACAAACCAACAACUGUUUUCGCUGUGGUCAAUCUGGUCAUAGAGCAACCUCGUGUCCUGCACCUCAACCAUUGA